AUGAGGUCGCUGCGCUUCGCUUCCGCUGAGGCCCUGGUGUCCCACCCUCAGGUGGCCCUGCAGAGCCUGGACAGUGUGGCCUACAACCUCUACCCUCUCCUGUUCAAAGCCGGCUACUUGCUGGAGCGGGCGGAGGUGGUCCGAGCGCUGCUGGGGCGCUGGCCGCUGGAGGAGUUCCGGCUGGGCGCUCUGCUGGGGCCCAGCGCGGACCACGAGGCCGACCUGCGGGACCGCGCCUGCAGGGCCUGCCUGGAGGCCUGCGUGAGGGGCCUGGCGGAGCACGUGCUCCAGGGCGGGGGCCGGCGGCGGCUGCAGCUGGCCGACCUCACGGGAGUCCAAGACGUGCAGGUGCAGCAGUGCCCCUGCGGGAGGGCACUGGGCAGGUGGGGCCGCACCGAGCUGCUGGCCAGGACCUGCUGCGAGCUGCAGGCCAGCCCCCAAGCGGCCCGGCGCCCCGUCAAGGUCCUGACUGAUCUGUUUGUCACUGAGGGCAACUUCCAGGUGGUGGUGCAGGCCCUAGGGCCAGCGGGCCCCGCCCCGCUGCAGGUGCACUGCCUCUCCUUCCGAGCGGACAGCCUGGGGCCCGACCAGCUGCUGCAGGUGCUGCGUCUGACUGGGCCCAGCGAUCUCCGCAGGCUGCAGGUGGUGCACAACGUGCGGCUGCACGCGGGCCACGUGCAGCAGCUGCUGGCCCAGGUGCGCUUCCCCCGGCUGGCCUCGCUCACCCUGCCUGCCAAGGCCUUCGACGCGCCCCCUGGCUGCACCCCGGUCACCGAUGGCGAGGACCCCCUCCUCACCUCCAUCGCCUGGGAGCUCAGCCAGAUGACCCAGCUCACCGAACUGAGCGUGGCUUUCUCCACACUGACCGGGAAGAUCCAGAGACUGCUCGGCCCCCUGAGGACCCCGCUGAGAGUGCUGGACCUGGCCAACUGCUCCCUGAACCACGCAGACCUGGCCUUCUUGGCAGACGGGGCCCACGCCGCCCACCUGGAGGUGCUGGACCUCAGUGGGCAUAGCCUGGUCCACCUGUUCCCGUCGACCUUCUCCAAGCUGCUGGGCCGCGGGGCCCGAACGCUGCGGUCCCUCACUCUGGAGGAGUGUGGCAUCGAGGACAGCCACGUGAGCAUGCUGGCUGUGGCCCUGGGCCCCUGCCACCAGCUGCAGGAGCUGCGCCUCCUGGGGAACCCGCUGUCCGGCCUCGCGCUGCGGCGCCUCUUCCGGGCCCUCUGUGACCUGCCCUGGCUGCGCCUGGUGGAGUUCCCGGUGCCCAAGGACUGCUACCCGGAGGGCAGCGCCUACCCCCAGGAUGAGCUGGCCAUGUCGCGGUACGACCAGCAGAAAUACGACGCCAUUGCCGAGGGCCUGCGCAGGGUGCUGGUGCGGGCCGGCCGCGACGACAUCCAGGUCUGCACCCCCGUCUUCGGAAGUUUCGACCCAGACAUUCAGGAAACGAGCAGUGAGCUCGGAGCUUUCUUGCUGCAAGCCUUCAGGACGGCCCUGGAAAACUUCUCCCGGGCCCUGAAGCAGAUGGAGUAGGCCCCGCGGCCGGCGGGGGGUGGGGGGCGGCAGUGCCUGCACCACCUUCCACCGUCCAAAGCAUCUCUUAGUGAAUGUUGCUCACGGUGUCCCU